AUGUGCAGGGGUCUAAACCGCAACCAGAUCACCAGCAUUUCUGCCGAAGCAUUGGCAGGCGUGGCUGCGCUGAAGCGCCUUGAUCUGUCCUUCAACGAGAUCACCUUCAUUUCUGCAACCGCAUUCGUAGGCCUGACUGCGCUGACAGGACUGGCUCUACACAACAACCAGAUCACCAGCAUUUCCACAAACGCAUGGGCGGGUCUAGAGCUGGAGUACCUUGCUCCAAGGAUCUUAAGCGACAACCCUUUAACUACCUUGCCGCCCGGGCUGUUUAUGGGCUUGCCAAAUGGCUUGUACUUGUCCGUUAAUUCUACAACGAACAUACUUAAGUAUCCGCUGCGCCCCAGCAAUUUUACCUUUGGUGGGAACACUGUCGCUCCGCCCAGCACCUACGGCAAUGCAUCCGUACCGUACAUGCUACGAAGGCUAUGGUAUGUUGAGCGGAUCCUGUAUUCCGCUCGCUUCCGUUGCCUCCGUCGCGUCCACGCAAUCUGCAUCUGCUGCGUCUCGUGUUUCCGCGACCUCGGCGCUCUCGGCUUCUGCUGCCUCGAUUGCCUCGACCAGAUCCGCAUCGAUUGCGUCCGUCGCCUCAAUCGCGUCCGCGUCGGCUGCUUCAACUGCCUCUGCUUCAGUUGCGUCCCUUGUUUCUGCGACCUCCGCGCUCGCUGCCUCGGUUGCCUCGACCAGAUCUGCAUCUAUUGCGUCCGUUGCUUCAAUCGCGUCCACGAACUCAGCCUCGGCUGCUUCAACUGCCUCAGCCUCGGUUGCGUCUCUUGCUUCUGCCAUCUCUGCGAUCUCUGCUUCUGCUGGAUCGGUUGCCUCGACCAGAUCUGCAUCGAUUGCGUCCGUCGCCUCAAUCGCGUCCGCGUCGGCUGCUUCAACUGCCUCUGCUUCAGUUGCGUCCCUUGUUUCUGCGACCUCCGCGCUCGCUGCCUCGGUUGCCUCGACCAGAUCUGCAUCUAUUGCGUCCGUCGCCUCAAUCGCGUCCACGAACUCAGCCUCGGCUGCUUCAACUGCCUCAGCCUCGGUUGCGUCUCUUGCUUCUGCCAUCUCUGCGCUCUCUGCUUCUGCUGGAUCGGUUGCCUCGACCAGAUCUGCAUCGAUUGC